CCCCUGGAGCUGAGGACGCUGUGCCGCAUCCCGGGCAUGCGAGACAUGCUGAGGAGGUUCCGGGAUCCUCCUGGCCUAAUGCAUUGAAAAAACAAAACAUUAAACAAGGUAGACGUUCGAUUGUCUUGAACAAUCGUCCUACUUCUCCAGACUGUGUCGUUACGGCCGCCCACAGUGCACAGGAGUGCUUUAAUACGCACCAACAUUAAACUCAAAUCUUGCAACACAGCAAACAGUAAGUCUGAUGAUGCGGGGUGCUCCUGUCAGUGUGGGUAACUGUUCCUGGCAGGAGAGAUGGACGGGACCAACGACAGCAGCCUUGGGGACUUCAUCCUGGUGGGCUUCUCCCACCACCCCCUUCUGGAGAGGGUCCUGUUUGCGGUCAUCCUGAUCGCCUAUGUGCUGACCCUGGUGGGCAACAGCGCCAUCAUCCUGGUGUCCCGGCUGGACCCGCACCUGCGCACCCCCAUGUACUUCUUCCUCACCCACCUGUCCUUCCUGGACCUGAGCUUCACCAGCAGUUCCAUCCCCCAGCUGCUCUACAACCUGAGUGGGCAGGACAAGACCAUCAGCUACGCGGGCUGCUCCGUGCAGCUCUUCCUGUUCCUGGCGCUGGGGGGCGUGGAGUGCCUGCUCCUGGCCGUCAUGGCCUACGACCGCUUCGUGGCCAUCUGCAGGCCCCUGCACUACUUGGCGAUGAUGAGUCCCAGGCUCUGCCUGGGGCUGGUGUCCAUGGCCUGGGGCUGUGGGGUGGCCAACUCCCUGGCCAUGUCUCCAGUGACCCUGAGCCUGCCACGCUGCGGGCACCGGCAUGUGGACCACUACCUGUGUGAGAUGCCGGCCCUCAUCCGCAUGGCCUGUGUGGACACGGCAGCUGUGGAAGGCAGCGUCUUUGUCCUGGCGGUGGGCAUCGUGCUGUGCCCCCUGGCGUUCAUCCUGGUCUCCUAUGGCUACAUCCUGAGGGCAGUGUUAAGGAUGCACUCCUCCUCGGGAAGGCACAAAGUCUUCAACACCUGCGGCUCGCACCUGACAGUGGUGUCGCUGUUCUACGGGAACAUCGUCUACAUGUACAUGCAGCCGGGCCGUGGCAGCUCCCAGGAGCAGGGCAAGGUGCUCACCCUCUUCUACAACAUCGUCACGCCCCUGCUCAACCCCCUCAUCUACACCCUCAGGAACAAGGAGGUGAAGGGGGCGCUGAGCAGGCUGCUGCUGGGGAGCAGAGAGGGAGAAGGCGUGAGCGGGGGAGCUGCAGCAGCAGGGCAAGGUCCUCACCCUCUGCUACACCACCGUCACACCCCUGCUCAACCCCCUCCUCUACACCCUCAGGAACAGGAGGUGAAGGGGGUGUUGACAGGUGGCAGCCUGUGGUUACUCUGUCUGUCCAGGCACUGACGCCAUCUGGCGGCAUUGGGCCAGACCUGCUGUAAGCCACAACCUCAACUCCUCCCUGUGCCCUGACCCCAGGUCUCAGCCAGGAGUCCAGGCUCUUUUGGACAGAACUGCUCCAUGCACCUGCCCACAGCUGACAUGUAGGGCAGCUCCAAGGUCAGACAGAGCGGGGAAGAGAGAAGCUUCCAGAAAAGCACAUGGGGGUGUGCGCUGCACUGUGGUCUGUUGCUCUCUCUGUUGGUGCCUUGCGGAUUCCAGGUCUUUUCCCCAGGAUGACCCAAAUCUCCCACUGCACUCGCCAUGGUCCCAGGGCUUCUCUUGUCUCACUGCCACCCAAGGUGGACUUCAGCAAGGGCGCAGUGUCACAGUACAGAUUUACAGAGUCACCGUUUCUCUAUGCGUCCACCCAACCUGUGGCAUUACCCCGAGGUCUGAGCUCCUGGAUGGACCCUGAUGGGAGCUGGCUGACCAGGCAUGCAGUCACCCCCAUGGCCUCAGCGCCUCUCAGGUUGGCUUUGGGCAGCGGCAGGACCUGACUGCGGUCCUCUCUGCCAUGAGCCAGGAGCACAGGUCUGAGGUCAGUUCUGGUGUCUGGUCCCCGGGUGACUGCCUGCUCAGCGAGCCUGCAGGUGAAGCUGCUGCUCAGACCAGGGAUGCUGACUUUGACUCCCAGUCCCCACAGGCUCCUGUUGACAAGGAGCAGGGUGCCUGCCUGUUUGUCGAGCUGCGUCCAGGACUCCCAGGCUAAAGAGCACGGUCCCUGCCCCUUCACACAGCUGCAGAGCAGGCAGCUUCCUGGGGGUCGUGACAGUGCCGAUUAUGUCCGUGCUGUGCAGGGGCCUGAGGCUCUGCAUUUCUGCACCACCCAGGUGAUGGCCUCGCUCCUGGGACCCAGACCACCUUUCCAUGGCCUGGAACUCGAUCCUCUG